GCUUGAUGGUGAGCUUCAUUCAUUUGUCUCUUGUUACCCCCUGACUUGAGCCGCAAGCGCGACAAGACGGCAAAUAACUCUACUUAACCUGAGACUAUACAUGAUAGCCGCUGGUGCACCACAACUACUACUUGGCCUUCGUUACUAGUUGCUACCCACUGCAGCUCGAGUUGGCGUUUAUGCCAAGUCAUGGCAAGUCAAACAAGAGAAACGAAAAUUGGCAUCAAGUUGUUGGCAUACUGGUAUGUGACAAUAUCCCCUUGUUUCGUAAUAAGAUGUUACUUGCAUAUUCUGCCAACUUUUGCUUUUGCUUAAUUAAUUCCAGAAUUGGCCAUCCUCCAAUCGUCGGUUUUAUUUGCCCUCCACUCACUUUACAGGGGCCGAGAUAACUCGAGAGCUACAAUGGGAAGUCCAAAGAUGGAGGUAGAACAAACGAAGAGUAACCGACAGUUUGGCGAGAACUGCAACACGCCGACGAGAUAGAGUAGCACAGGACUAAUUGAUGUCUGAAAAAGAGAAGCAUUCCCAUCGGAGGUUGUCGCCGGGUCACGUGAUAUGUGCCACACCUCAAUUACAGCCACAGAUACAGCCUCCUGCAAAAGCGGGUUAUCUCUCCAGCGAAGCGCGACUACCUCACCUCCACUGAUCGUGAUUUCUUCAGUCGCGGAAUUGAGGUGCAGCCGCCGCUUGUUUUCAAAUACAACAUCGUCAACACCAUAAAUUUGCAAUCAUUUGCAAAGUAUCUUAAGACAGACUAGUAUACGUCAAUCAGGAAUAUCCAAAAUGCCCCCUGGUAUGUUACUAUUAUUAUUUUUGCGCAAUUCACUACCGCCGACGCAUGUCACACGCGACGAGCGAUGGGCGUAUCGCGAUCGCGUCUCCAAUGAACACACAAUAUAGCCCUUGAUUCCGGCGCAAUUGGUAUCCUGCCAUUGCUGACGAUUGUUCAGCUCUUAGUGAUGAGGAAUCAUCCGAUGUCGGAGAAUUCACUACACCUCCUCGCGCGAGCAGCCGCAAGUCUACCUCGGCUACUGCGGUAGAUCAGCUCGACGACACGAAACCAGAAGAGGCGUUCGACCAGGAGGACGGUGAUGAAGACGAAGAUCUGGAUGAGGAUGAGUAAGACAUGAGCGAACCUGUCGAAAGGGCUAAAGCUCACGUGUUGCAGAUUUGUUGUUGAGGCUAUCAAAAAGCACAUGGUCUACGACGACGGAAGUCUACAGUUUCAAGUCAAGUGGGAAGGCUACGAGGCCAAGAAAGAUUUGACGUGGGAGCCUGAGGAGAAUCUGAGAGAGUCUGCUCAGGAAAUCCUCGACGCCUACUUCGAAAAGUUCGGUGGCCGCGAGAAACUCUUUGAAGAGACUGAAACAGCAUCAAAAACGAAGAAGCGCCGCCGUGCCACCACCAAUGGCACCCCCAGCACAACCUCUACUAGCAAGCGAUCACGACGCGAGCACCCGGCCAACUCUGCAACUCCGGCGACAGCGAAGAAUUGGAGCCCCCCAGCAGGGUCGUGGGAGGAGGAAAUUGAGACAAUUGAUGCAUGCGAGGAUGAAGGCAGUGGCAAGUUGAUCGUUUAUCUUAUUUGGAAGAACGGCCGCAAGACCAAGCACGACACCGACGUCAUCUACAAGAAAUGCCCACAAAAGAUGCUCCACUUCUACGAGCGACAUGUCAAGAUCAUUAGAGAUGAGAACAAGGCUCUUGUCGACGGGACAGAGAACUAGCGGGAUUUGUACAGGGACGAAAGGGAGAUUGGGGCGAAGAGAAAGCUAUGCAGCGCUAUCAGGUAUCCGUUUGUACUGAUACCCGAUGCAACUGUAAACGGGACGGCGUUAUCGGCGAUGGCCAUUAAGUUGCGGAUGGGUUUCUAUUUUUCUAUUUGACUCAUCAUGCGUCUACACGCGGAACGGGGACAUGAACGGAAUAUUGGUAUUCAGACAAGACUUCAUAUCAGAUCUUGGAGAAACACGGCGCACGGAGCAUGUGUAUUUGAAGCCUGUAUUUUUAUGAAGGAGCGUGUUGGCUACGCAAUUAAGUCGCAGCGAAUUAAUAGUGUGCAAACGUUCAUGUGAAGAUCUCAGAAUCGUGCCUUGCAUUCAUGGCUUUGGCAAUAUCCACGUUCCGUGGAUGUGCGGCACACCAGGGUCUUUUCAU